AUGGGCGGCCUUGAGGCGUAUGAGACUGAGACCCUACUCCAGGAAUUGCAACGCCGCUAUGACUGUCUGAGCAAGCCCAAAGGGAACUUCAUUUUUAUGGGUGCUCCCGGGUCUGGAAAGGGUACGCAAUCUUUGUCAUUUCGUGAUUCUCACUGCUACUGCCACCUUUCCACUGGUGACAUUUUGCGUUCUGCUAUUAGGAAGGGUGACCCUGUUGGUAUGCAAGCCAAGGGUUUCAUGGACAAGGGUUUGCUUGUUCCUGAUGAGCUUGUUGUGAAGUUGAUUGAGGGUAACAUGAACUCUCCUGCUUGUCAGCGUGGAUUUAUUCUUGAUGGUUUUCCUCGUACUGAGGCUCAAGCUAACCGUCUGAAUGAGAUGUUGUCCGCUGCUGGCAAGAAAUUGCAUGCUGUAUUCCUUUUUGAAUGCCCUGACUCUGAGAUUGAAAGGCGUAUUAGUGGUCGUUUGAUUCACGAGCCUUCUGGUCGUGUGUACCACUUGACUAGCAGGCCACCUAAGGUUCCCAUGCGUGAUGACAUUACUAACGAGCCUCUCAUCCAGCGUAAGGAUGACACUCCCGAAGUCAUUCGCACUCGUUUGGAGGCUUACCGCAAGCAGACCGCACCUCUUAUUAAUUACUACGACCACAUGAAAUUGUUGAAGCGCAUUAACACUGACAGAGACGAGAAGCUUGUGAACGCUGACAUCCAAGAUGUCAUCAACCGUGUUGGCGAGAACUAA